AUGCCCGAAGACAACAAGAAAGUUCAGAACGACAUUCAAAACGCAUUGGAGGGCAUACCCAACGACAACGAUGAAAUCGCACCCGAGGCACCCGGUAAGGUUGGGCUUCUCAAAAUGUCAGUCGGCGGCUUGAUGGAUUCGAACGUGCUGGAUCUCUUUUUGAUCAAGGGCAAGAAUGUGGUAGCCACAGGAGCUGCUCGCGGCUUUAGUCUGAACUUUGCCCAAGCUCUGGCGCAAGCAGGCGCGAACAUUGCAGCAAUCGACGUUGCUGAACGGCAACAUACACUGGGUGGCCAGGGCAAGAGCGAGAUUAGCUUACAACUUGCGCAGCGCGUCGGUCUCGACAAGCGCAGCGUGGAUCAGCGGUGGACCGAGAUUCAUGGGCUUAUUGGUCGAAACUUGUUGAACUACGACAAAGCCGAGAUGCGGGAGCAGGGCGCUGGAGGAGGUGGUGCGGAUAUAGGUGUAGACACUGGCGGGGGCUCGUCCCGGUCGACUGGCAUCGCAGCACGCGUUGGCAAUGGCAUAUCGGGCGGCUGCGCUCAUACUCAAACUACGUUCUGUUGCGGAUGCCACGAGGCUUGA